CAUUACAUAAAAAACUCCCUCCUUAUAAACCAAAUUUACGCCCUUCUCAAAUUUCAAAUCUACCAUUUUCUUCAAUCUCUCUAUACUUUCUCUCUCCCGAUUCUCUCUCUAGAAGCUUGAGUUGCAGAAAUGGCAGGAGGAUCGUCGAGCAGCAACCCGCCGAAGCAGAGGAAGCGAGUGGAGGCUGAUACGCCUGAAUCGUCGUCUGCUGCUGCGGCUACUCUUUCGAUUAGGCGUGCUAAGGACGGCAGUGCUUUUUCUCGCUGUGAGGAAUGCAAAAGCAGCGUGCCUGUAGCUCUCAUUGACAUGCACAGCUGCAGUGUUGAUGCGAAAAUCAAAAUGAGUCUUGAUGCAACGACCGUGGAAAAACCAGCUGAGAUUAAGAAGAAGCCAGCUGAGAGGAAGAAACCAGCCUCAUCAUCUGCAGCAGGUGAGUCGAAGUCGAAGAAGAGAAAGCUUAGCAAAGUGAAGGACCCUAACAUGCCAAAGCGCCCAAUGAGUGGCUACUUUCUUUUCUUGGAGGAUUUCCGAAAGGUGUACAAGGAAGAACAUCCUGAUUCCAAGGGUGUCAAGGAGGUUGCUAAGGAAGCUGGAGCAAAAUGGAAGUCCAUGACUGAUGAGGAGAAGAAGCCAUAUCAGGAUAAAUAUGCAGAACUCAAGGUGGAGUAUGAGAAGGCUAUGGAGGCUUACAAUGCUAAUAAUGACGAGGAACCCCAGGAUGUUCAAGCUGAAGAACUGUGUGAUGAAGAUGCAUAGGUAUUCACUAUUCAGACAGGAAGUUGGAAGUAGGUCUUUUUUUUGUGUGAGAAGGUUAACUGACUAUGGAUAUCUUGUAAAUUUCGGGUCUCUUGUUUAUGACUAGGGGAAGUAUAGCAGUAGUUUAUGAAUAUUUCCAGAAAACAGUAGGGUUUCCUCUAAUGGGAAUGUUAUGCAUUUAUGCUGAAUGCUUAUCAUUAAUGAAAUUCAAAUCCUUUUUAGUUUA